CCGGAGACAGCCGUCCGCGAUAACCUCCUCCAAUGGCUGAUGAGACAUCACAGCUCCAGCCCUGCCUAAAACCCAGGCGUAGAAACAGCGCCCCGCGGGUUGCAAGCAGAGACGCUCAGCUUUUUGCCUGUUUUCCCCCAAAGGAAAACCUAAAGUUGCCUGAGCCUCGCGGCCCUCUGGGAACUGGGCCCUCGGGGCAGCCGAUGGCGUGUUCACCUUAACCCACCCGAAUCCCGCGGGGCAGAUUAUCCCCACGCCGGGAAGAGAGCCCGGCUCGGCCAGGUCCCGUCCCGGAGCGGCGAGUCCGGCUCCCAAGGCAUCGGCGGCUCCCGGCCGCCCGGGACGCGGCUUCCCGCUGCCACCUGAGCCGCCGCCCCCGCCCAGCCCCGCGGCCGCAUCCGCCCCAAGAGCGAGCCCAGCCCGGGGCCGGGCCUGCCUCGGCGUCGCCUCGCGUUGGGCCCUCUCCGGAUACCGCCCGGCCGCAGUCAUUUCCUGCGGGAGCCGCCAACCGCCCGCCCCGGCGCAGCCCCGCGGCCGCCGGCCCAGACGAGCGGCAGCCCCGAGGCGGCAGCAUCGCGGCGCCUCCCUCCCGGACGCCCUCGGCUCCCCGCGCCAGCUACCAGAAUGGCUGAGGUGACCACUGCCCCCAGCGAGACACACACUCUUGGGAACGAGCACGGGGACUACCACAACUGGACAGAGCUGUUUCACCUCCUGAACUACACCCUCACCUUCUGCGAGCUGAGCCUGGAUGAGAAUGUCAAGCGUGUGGUCCUCUUCAUCCUUUACCUGGUCAUCUUCGUGGUGGGCUUGGUGGAGAACCUCCUCGUCAUCUGGGUCAACUGGCAGACGCGGGGCAACAAGAGCUUGGUGAACCUCUACAUCAUCAACAUGGCCAUCGCCGACCUCGGGGUGCUGCUCUCGCUGCCCAUCUGGAUGCUGGAGGUGAUGCUGGAUUACACUUGGCUCUGGGGCAGCUUCCUCUGCCGCUUCACACACUAUUUCUAUUUUGCCAACAUGUACGCCAGCAUCUUCUUCCUUACCUGCCUGAGUGUAGAUCGCUACGUGUCCUUGACAACCUCCUCUGUCUUCUGGCGUAAGCACCAGCACCGUGCACGUCGCAUCAUCUGUGUCUGCAGCUGGAUCCUGGCAGCAGCAAUCCCGUUCCUGGAGGUUGCUCACAUGCAGCUGGUAAAUACCAGAGACCCCAUCUGCAUCUUCAUGGCCCCCUUCGAGACCUAUGACGACUGGGCCCUGGCGGUCAGCUUAGCAGCCACCACCAUUGGCUUCCUCAUCCCUUUCCCCAUCAUCACCGUUUUCAACAUCCUGACCGCCAGGUAUGUCAAGCGCACCAAGCCGGAGAGCAGGAAGCACUGUCUGCUCAUCUAUGCCUACAUCAUCGUGUUCCUCCUCAGCUGGCUGCCCUUCCACAUCAUGCUCACGCUGCUCACCCUCGACGGCAACCACAUCAUCCUCCACUGCACCUUCGCCCACUUCCUCUACUUCUUCUACGACAUCAUAGACUGCUUCACCCUGCUCCACUGCGUCAUCAACCCAAUCCUCUACAAUUUCCUCAGCAAAAGCUUCCGCAGCAAGCUCAUCUCUGCCGUGGUUAAAUACAUCCCCAAAGACCACGCCAGUCAGAAAGGAGACAAUUCCUCCUCCUCCACGCAGCACUCCAUAGUCAUCGCAAAGGACGGCAACCCACCCAAUUAAGCGGGGGUCGGACUCUCCCACUCCUCACUGGCAAGUGGUCCCACGGGAGUGGCCAGCUUCCGGGACUCACUGAGGUCAGUAAGAUUAUUUUCCCUGGUGAUAAGCAGACACUUUGCUUUUAAAUAGCAUUUCUUGGCUGGCCACCCACCGUGCUCUGAAGGCAAGGGGAGGGCAGAGUGCCAAAUGUGAAAUGAGGUGGUGUGGGGAGUGACACACAUUUUGUCUCUGAUGUGCUGCUGUAUCAGAUCUAUUUAGCUAAAGAAACAAUAAGAGAAAGAGAUAUUUCCUGUUUUUCAAAAGAAACAUUUGUAGUAAUAAAGCAUAUUACUCUGUCUGCUCUGAAGUCUGAACACAAAGCCCACCAACAGGACCUGACCCAACCCGACCUGACCCUCCUACUUCCCCCUAGCUAAGCAACCUGUGGAAUGAGCAAUACUUUUCCUUUACCACAAGUUUUUUCCGCAGUCCCAGACUUUCACUUACACGUGCACUCUGCAUAUACCACGCCGUGAAGGUAUCAAACAAAAGCUGCCCUUUUGCCGAGAUGCCAACCCAAGUAAGAAAGAUAGGGAAUUUAUUCCUUUGAAACACAAACCUUGCUUCCCAGUGCAAACAGCUGAAAUGAAGGCAAAACAGCCCAGAGGCGCAGAGCACAAUACAGAUCUGAGCUUUAAACAUUCAAGAUCAGCCACUUGUUGAGAGCAAUUUUUCAAAACCAGCAGUAAAUGAGAUGGUUAAAACCAGGUUCCACCACACCUCUGUGCUUUUGAUGUGACUGGUGAUAGACUGGGGGACAGGGGGUUCCCAGUUUGUGUUUUACAGGAAGAGACCCAUCCCAUUAAAGUCAGCCUCCUUUAAAGCAUCUCGCACCAGCUUUCUAAGGUCACUUAGCACAUUUCUAAAUUUUGGCAGAGACCAACAGUCCUUGUGCAUAUUCCCUUCAGUCAGGGUCACAAGAUCUCGCAGUGCAUGCUUUCAAUGUAUAUGUGCACGAAGUCUUAACGCUGGAGCACAGGCUGAGCUUUUCUGUUAUGUAAGAAACUAGAGCAUCCGGAGAAAGUUCAUCUUUCCCUGGAUUCUGCUAAGUCACAUGCUGCAGGUCAAGACCUUGGUAGGGGAAGGUGAAAGAGUGACAGUCACUGGGAGUUAAUAAAUCUGCCAAAGGCCUUGAGCUGCUUAAGAAACACAUUUAAAAAAAAGAGGCAGAGCAUAAACAAAUUGGACAGGAUCUGGGGACAGGAUGCUCACACCACAGAAGCAAUGGGUGGAGGGCAGGAUGUCCCAGAUUGCUGGAGAAGCCCACGUCUGGGGUUAACAUGGAAUCACGGCUAUUAUGGGAAGGACUGGGAACAGCUCUGCUACUUAGAGGGGUCCAAUGCCAGGGUAAACCGCAAAGUACUCGAGGGCUCCUUCUGCAAAGAGAUGCUCUUUCUUAUUACCAGAAAAAAGGGCGCUUGACUGAGGAGGGGAGCAGCGAGGGAGGAAGUCAGUCCCCUCAGAUUCAAAUAGCAGCCUGUUAAGAGAAGCAGCUUUUAUCUGUUCCUCUUUCUUAAUUAUACACAGUUUCACAACUUGAAAAUGUAGAGCAACUUAGAUUGUAAGCCCUUUGGGGCCGAGACCAUCAUUUUACAUCUGCAUCUAUACAGCACUUUUUCUGCUUCAUCCCUGUGACCCUCCUGGGCACAAGCACAUGCAGUAAAACAGAGCGGCCAUAAAGACGUGAACGUCAGCAUGAAGGCAGUCACUUACCACUGACCCGACCCACAGUUCUCAUCCAGAGCACGCCUGAAUCUUCUUUGAAACUUCCUUUUGCUAAUGCUCUGUCACUUUCACUAAAGAAAUCAGACUAGCACACAAUAAAAAUACAUUUGAUGUGCGACAUAACCAGGACAGCAAUAUAUUCAGUUUCACGUUACUUAAACAUUUAAAACUCGGUAUUUGAUCUAUUAAACUUUUUUAAAACUCUCCUAA